UCACUUUCUCUAAACGAGAUCCGAAAAGGGGAAUCGCGAUGAACUUUUUCUCGGAAAAUCGGCAACUUGUGACCCCAAAACUUUUCUCUUUAUUUCUAGAGCUAGCUCAAUACGCCGCUCUCGGUUAUUUCGAAGUAAUGACUUGAACUUUGGAGAAGGUCCCGACCGACCACAACCAGCGGGUCCUUUUUUGCAGGUGUUCAUCUCGAGAGUUGGAAUACAACGACGAUAAGAAGGUAGACUCUCUACGAACUCUACAAUGUUCGAGGCCGACUACUUUAGCAUGGCAUCAACAAUUGGCGCCUAUUGUAUGGCCCGGUGAGAUUAAUACCAACAAAUUUCAAGUCCAGCCAGACAAGGUGGAAACAUAGGAUUCACAACCUGAAGUCGAGAUCGGUCAAGGCUCAACUCCAAACCUCGAGCAAAAUCUGACGCCCCAAAGGAUUGAGGACCUCCAACUUCGGUCUGCAGUAGAGGCUCCCCAACCACCACCAAUUCCUCUAACUAAUUUCUACAGUAAUGCAGGACUCCCCGGGUCCUUCAAUGACCAUAAAAAUGGCGCACUAGCUUCAACUGAAGCAGUGGUUCGCGAUGUUUUCCCUAGUUGUUCCUCACCUUGAAGAACUUCUUCCCGUAGAGACAUUUUCUCAACCAAGUAUCAAUCGCCCCUUAGCUUUGGGCAUUCUAAAUGAGCCAUACCCAGGAAAUAUACAUAUACCAUACCUUCCGAAGUACAGUAGCACCACCGAUCUAGAAGACCAUAUCAGAUCCUUUGAGAUUUUGAUGUCGCUUAUUGGUGCAUCUGAUGCCACCAUGUGUAAAGUAUUUCCCUCCACUCUUGGAGGAGAUGCUCGUCGAUGGUACUCUCAGCUUCGCAAUGUAUCAUCUACAACUUCACCGAAUUUUCUACUCUAUUUUGGUGUAAGUUUUACACCCAAAAGCGAUAGGCAGUGAGCAUUAAUUAGCUCAUGAAUACCAAGCAACAUGAGGGUGAGGCUUUAAAAUCCUAUUAUGUUAGGUACAACACCCUAGCCAUAGGCGUCACCUCCCUCUCCGUUGAAGUAAUUGUCAACACGCUGACACGAGGAGCAACAAAUAGUCUUCUCCGGGCUUCCCUCAUCAAGAAACCUCCUUGGAGUAUGUUUGAACUACAAGAGCGGGUCAUGAAGUACAUCGGUCUAGAAGAAGCUUUACAAAAUUCCUCCUACAUUGUGCCAAAACGCAGGAGGGAUUUGCCUCCACCGAGUCGAGAAACUUUACAACAUCCCGCCAAAUUUUGGAUACAUGUCCAAGCCUCAAAAAGAUGACCACAGAAAAGAUGGGUCAUUUCAUUCACGCCAAAAUUUUACCUCACUCAACAAUCCACAGAGGAAUGUUCUCUAGGUCAUUCAAGAUAAAAAGCUUCUGGUGACAUGACCUCUUCAAUGUCGCACAAAACUAAGAAAAAGGAAGAACCAGUUUUAUGAAUUCCAUCGAGGAUAUGGGCAUGAAACCAAGGAAUGAGAAAGAUUGGGAGACUCCAUCGAGGGACUUAUUCAAAAUGGACAACUUAAACAUUUCAUCCAAAACUCUAAAGGCCUAGUCCAACCACCUUCGUCAUUGGGCAAAGGAAAAGCUACAAAAGAAAGCGAACUGGUGUUAGGUGUCGUACCAGUCAUACAUGAGGAGCUAGACUGCGGCAGGAAUGUUUCACUUCUCGUAAGACCUAUGCUUGAACUUUGGUUGGCUCUACCUCCACUAUCUCAUAUCGGAAUCCUAUCUUUUCGAUUCCCGAUAUCUCAAGGAUAUUAAAUAUCCCCAUGAUUACCCUCUGGUAAUUGAGGCUACCAUCGCCAACUACACUGUAAAAUGAGUUCUCAUUGACGGAGGGAGCUCAACCAACCUUCUUUUUUACUCCCGCUUUUUGCUUGUUGGGUCUUUGCAUGGAUCGUUGUCAACCUUUCAACGUGUUUCUUUUGGGUUUCUCUGGAAACCAAACCCCAGUGCUUGGAAUUCUACCUCUUCAUGUUCACAUCGGCAAUGGCGACCAAACAACCGAGAUGUAGGUUAACUUUCAUGUGGUUGAAUUUUUCUUUGCAUACAAUGGAAUUCUUGGAAGACUAUUUCUACACCAAGCUCGGACCGUCGCUUCUACAUUUCGUCUCAAAUUGAAGUUCCCUACUUCGUCUAGUGUAGACUGUGUCCGAGGGGAUCAAGCAAUUGGCAGGCAAUGUUAUGCGUUUUUCCCUUAAGAUAAGCAUGUCACUACUGUUGACACUCGGGAAGAAGUAGCUCGUCUUGUGCCCAUUGACCUUGACGAGGGACAAACUGUUCAAAAUGGCCUUACUAUUCGUCUCUCAACCGCCUGGCCUAAAGAAGCUCUUCCUCGGCUUUUCAACUUAGUCUGUGAGUUCAAGGAGCUACUUGCCCAAGGUCCUGAAGAUAUGCCUAGACUCGAUUGUAAAGUAGCUGAGCAUGCCCUAGGGACUCUCACAGGGUGUCAUCCUAUACAACAAAAGAGAAGAAACUUCGCAUGGGAACGACGUCAAGAUGUUGUAGAAGAAGUAGUUAAGGUUGCUCAGGUAGGAUUCAUAUGAGAAAUCCUCUACCCCACAUGGCUCGCCAACAUUGUCUGUCGUGGUGAAAAAAGUCAAUGGGCAUUGGAGGAUGUGCAUAGACUUCACCGACCUCAAUAAGGCAUGCCCAAAGGACCCAUAUCCUCUUCUCAAAAUUGAUUGAUUGGUUGAUACUACCUCUGGUCACCGUCUUCUUUCCUUAUUUGAGAUGUUCUCUGGUUAUCACCAGAUUCCCAUGAAGAAGGAGAUCAAGAAAAAAUGGCGUUCAUGACCCCGAUUGGUAAUUAGUGCUACAAGGUUAUGCCUUUUGGCUUAAAGAAUGCAGGAGCGACCUACCAACGAAUGGUUUAUCAUAUCUUCUCACGUCAACUUGGUUGAAACCUAGAAGCCUACGUUGAUGAUAUCUUGGUAAAAAGUAGCAGUAUCAACAUGCAUCUAGAAGACAUCAGAAAAACAUUCAACACUCUUCGCAUAUAUGCUCUUCACCUCAACUCCAAGAAGUGCAUUUUUGGUGCGACAGCUCGAAAGUUGUUGGGAUUUAUGGUAACCCAGCGAGGGAUUGAUGCCAACCCUCAAAAAAUUGAUGUCAUCCUUCAAAUGUCCUCCUCAACCAGAGGCAAAGAAGUAAAGAUUCUCACAGGUCGCAUUGUCGCACUCAAUCGAUUUAUUUGUCGUGCCGACAAUCGUUGAACCCUAUUAUUUGCCACUUUGAAGGUUGUCGCAAAACACUUUGAGUGGAAACCUGAGUGUGAAAUUUUUUUUAAUAAUCUCAAGGACUUUCUGGUGACAACUCCAGUUCUUUCUGCCCCGAUGAAUAAUGAAACUCUUUUUAAGUAUUUUGUCGUGUCCCAGAAGGUGGUGAGAUUGGUACUUCUUUGUUGAGAUGUUGACAAUAUCGAACAUCUGAUAUAUUAUACUCGUAAAACUCUAGUAGAUGCGGAGACCAGGUAUUCACCAGUAGAAAAGGCUGCUUUGCUGUGGUCGUUGCCUCUAAAAAGUUAUGCACGUACUUUCAAAGUCACUCCAUAUGUUUUUUUUCACAUAGUUGCCACUCUGAAAGCUAAUCCAACACAUCGACGUCGCAGGUCUGAUGAUCAAUUGGGCCAUCGAAUUAAAUGAGUAUGAUAUCACACAUACCUACCCCCGUAAAACAACCAAAUCACAGGUCCUCGCUGACUUUGUGGUCGAGGGAAUUCGUGCUACCACACCAUCUGAGUCACAAACCCGGAGGCUAUUUGUGGAUGGAUCUUCAAGCAAGUUUGGCUCUAGAUCACGAAUGCUUCUCAUCAGUCCACUAAGUGUUGCCCAUGAGGUGGUUGUUCGCUUCACAACACCAAGAACCAAUAAUGUCGCAGAAUAUGAAACUCUCAUAGCUGGCUUAACAAUGGCGUAAUAAUUAGGAAUUCAAAGAAUCUUGGUACACUCAGAAUCUACCCUUGUUGUGAAUCAAGUUCUGGGGGCAUAGGAGGCUCGUGAACCCGUGCUAACUGCCUACGUCAAUGUUUCUCGAGCCAUUAUGACUUAGGUUUUCACAUGUUGAGAUAAAACAUGUAUCACAAGAAGAAAAUCUCCAUGUAGAUGCUCUCUCAAAGCUUGCCACAGCUUGAUACUUUCCCGAUGAUAGAAAUGUGAUAGUUGAGCAUCGCCCUACACUGUUAUGCGCUCAUAUCAUCUCAUCAUCAACACUACAAGAUUGGCACACACCACUUAUGGAGUAUCUUCAACAUAACCUUCUACCCACUAACCCAAAAGAAAUCAUGAAACUUGAAAGACGUGCUCUUCACUAUUUCCUUAUAGAGGGCGCACUCCACAAAAAAAGUUAUGUUGGUCCAUACUUUCGAUGCCUUAGCGAAUGGGAAGCCAACUUUGCCAUUCGUGAAACUCAUGACAGAUCAUGCGGAAUGCACGCUGGUCCGCGAAGUCUCGAGAAAAUCCUCCUCUGGCAGGGAUACUACUGGCCCACUAUGCACCGAGAAACGCGAGACUACGUCAAAUCUUGUAUCAAGUGCCAAGUUGUUGCCCAAGUACCACAUGCUCCACCCUGGCCCAUGCAAGGAAAUAUCAGUCCAUGGUCAUUUGCCUAAUGGUUAAUGGACUUCUUAAAGCCAUUUCAUGAGGCCUCGGGAUGGAAAAUGGCUCAUUGUUACAAUUGACUACUUCACCAAAUGGGUAGAAGCUAGAGCCAUCACUGGACUCACUGCUCAACAAGUUGAGAGAUUGUGGGCAAAAAUAAUUUGUUGUUUCAUUAUUCCCCCCACCAUCGUACUCGAUCAAGGGACAUAGUUCAAUAGUGAGAUUCUUCAAGCAUAUUGUGCAUGAUAUGUCAUCCUGCUCCGUUAUGCCUCUAUCGCCUAUCCCCAAUCUAACAGAAAAACAAACUCUGCCAACAAAACCAUCCUUUAGGGACUGAAGACCUGAUUGAAUGAAGCAAAAGUAAUGUA